AUGUUCUUGGUGGAUGGAAAAUAUCUAGGUCGCAGUAAAACGUUCGAAACACUCAAUUAUGUUGGACCUCAAGACUUGCGAUACAUUAUGUUAUUUCCCAGCAAUAUCACCAGCUAUUACCCAAAGUCUUCUUUCCAAAAGAAAAAUGCGUACAUUAAAAGUACAAAAUCUCCAGAACUUACUCGAAUAAUUCAAGCAAGAUAUGAACCCUUCGUCGUUCUCCACACUUCCGGUUCAACCGGUACCCAAAAAUACAGCAUUCCAACUCACGGCACUAUAUCUCAACACGAGACUUUCCUCCUCCCACCACCACCCGGCCAUCCACCCAUCACUCUUUCCCUCUAUCAAAAUGUCCGAGUAUUCAUCGGGCUAGGCCUCUUCCACAGCGCAACCCUCUGUUUCACAUCCUUUUGCAUCUACUCAACCACCACCAUCGUUCUCCCACCACCCAUCCCCAUGACACCCGAAAUAGCCAAUCUCGCCCAUCUCCACGGAAACCUCGAUGCAAGUUUUCUCAGUCCCUUUAUUCUCACCCAAAUCCCUAAAACCCCCAAAUACCUAACCAAAAUAAAAAAUCUCCUCUAUCUAAAUUACAACGGUGAACCACUCUCCACCGAAAUUGGAAACAUUCUCAAAUCCCACACUCGCCUUUUCGUCCAUUUCGGCGCUACCGAAACGGGUUUCUACGCACUAUAA